AUGAGUGGGAGAACUGCCUUGAGCGAGUGCCCGUUCACCACGUGCAGGAGCCUGCACCCCGACCACCUGUGGAUCUGGCGGCCCAACGUGUAUGUGGACGAGAAUGACCGCACCUGGCUGCCCAUCAUCAUGGAGAGCCCGGUUCCCAGCACCUCGGGGGCCAGCUGUGCCUGGAGGCGCCUCAAAGGUGUGCCCCCUUCUUCUCUCCAGACAGAAAGCAGCCUCCAAGUCCUCAUGCGCCAGAUCGAGGUCUCCCGCGGGGAGGCCAUGCAGCCCAGCCGGCUGCCCCCCAGCAUGCUGCCCCUCAUGUGGCAGCUCUACCCUGGCAGGCGGUACCGCGCCUCCGACUCCAGCUUCUGGCGCAUCGUGUACCACAUCGAGAUCAAUGGUGUCGAGGACAUGGUCCUUGAGCAGCUGCCAGACCCGUAG